AGACUACAAAAACCCUUUCUCUGCAGUAAAAACUGUAACUUACAUCACUUGAGCAACGAGAAUUAGCACAAUCUCUCUGCAUUCCAAUGACGACUAGUCUCCCAUUUCCGAUGACCCCCAAACUCUUACUCUCUAGCUUCGUGUCUCUCGUCGUAAUCACUCUCUUCUUCAUCACCAGAACAAGUUUCUCACCGUCUUCUUUAUUUCAGCCUCAGAACAACACUCUCCGGAUCUCCACUUCCUCCACCGGAAGUAAAUUACAGAGCUCAAAAUCCGCAAGUUGUAGUAAGAUCCCUCCUUCGCUCGCCGAUGCUCUCGUCCACUAUGCCGCCUCCAAUGUCACUCCCCAGCAAACACUCUCCGAAAUCUCCGUCACCAAGAAGGUUUUAGAGAAGAAAUCUCCGUGCAACUUUCUGGUAUUUGGUCUUGGUCACGAUAGCUUGAUGUGGGCGACUCUAAAUCACGGAGGAAGAACCAUCUUCUUAGACGAGGACGAGUCAUGGAUUAACCAAAUCGCUCAGAAAUUCCCGUCUCUGGAAUCGUACCACGUCCGGUACAAGACCAAGGUAAGAGACGCAACGGCUCUCAUGGCAGCGACGAGAGACAGGGAAGAAUGCCGUAGCGUGUCAACUGAUCUUCGGGUUUCCACGUGCGCACUUGCGUUGAAGGACUUACCGGAGGUGGUUUACGAAACAGAGUGGGAUUUAAUCAUGGUGGAUGCUCCCACGGGGUUUGAUGACGAAACUCCAGGGCGGAUGACAGCGAUUUAUACAGCGGGGAUGAUCGCGAGGAGGCGGAAGGAUGACAGAGAGACAACGGCUGUGUUUGUGCAUGAUGUGAAUAGGAAAGUGGAGGAUGAGUUCUCAAUGGAGUUUUUGUGUAGAGAUUACAUGACGGAGCAAGAGGGAAUACUCCGUCAUUUCACGGUGCCUAGCCACCGGAACUAUGGUUUCUCCGGCGUUAAAUUCUGUCCCUAACCCUAUCCGCCGGUAGAAACAAUUUAUGGUUGGAAAAUGCUUUUAAACUAGCAAAAAUAUCCGGAGCUCCAUAGGCUUCAGAGAUUAGUGUGAUUUAUCUAUAUAUAAAAAAAGAUUAUGUUU